UAGGUCUAUAUACAGAUAUUAAACGAAUAUGAAGAAAUUAGUGCUGGAUACACAAGAUUAAAUGAUACCUAGGUAACAGUGUUUAAUAUGAUAUAUUUUGUUUUUGGUAGUACUCAAGAAGUCGAUAAAUAUGGUUUCCAGAAAUGGGUAUAUGAUGAUGACGUGGACCUUAUACUAGUUAGAGCUGGUCAGUUACAGGAUGAAUCGGAUAAAUUGACCAAUAAACUCAAGGAAGCGGAAGAAGCGACAUCACAUCAGGUUAAAUGGGAGAACUUUAUGGUUGGUCAGAGUGGAAAAUAUCUGACCCGUUCUCCGGAAUUAAAAACAUUGAUACGAUUAGAUAUUCCACACGAAUACAGAGAACAAAUAUGGAGAGGGUGUAUUAAUUUGUAUGUUGGAGAAACGAAGACUAAAUUAGGUCCAUCAUAUUAUAAAGAUUUAGUUCAAAAAGGAAAAUCAUCCAACUCAGCUAAACAGAUAGAAUUAGAUUUAUUAAGAACCUUACCUACAAACGUCCAUUUUGAAUCGUUAGAAUCUGACGGGAUAAAGAAACUACGCCAUGUUUUAUUGGCCUAUAGUAAACAUAAUCCAGAUAUUGGAUACUGUCAGGGUUUAAAUCGACUUGUAGCUAUAGCGUUAUUAUUUUUAACAGAAGAGGAGUCGUUCUGGUGUUUAGUAGCUAUAGUAGAUCAUAUCAUGCCUAAAGAUUAUUAUACUAAAACAUUAGCGGCGGCACAGGCAGAUCAGAGAGUAUUAAAGGACUUAAUACAAGAAAAGUUACCCAAGUUAUAUAGCCAUUUUGAGACGUAUGAUGUUGACCUAUCAUUGUUUACGUUUAAUUGGUUCCUGACCGUGUUCGUUGAUAAUAUACCACCUGAUACAUUUCUUAAAGUCUGGGAUUCAUUCCUUUAUGAAGGCAGUAAGGUGAUGUUCCGGUUUGCUAUAGCUUUCUUAAAACUUGUUGAAGAUGACAUUUUAAUACAAAGCAGCUCUUUAGCAAUAAAUCGUUAUAUGAGGGUUAUAGGAGACAAAUUAACUCAUUCAAAGAGAAUAUCACAGAUUGCCUUUCAUGACUUAAAUCCAUUUCCAAUGCGUACAGUGUCUUCCAGACGACUACAUCACUUACAGCAAGUCAGAACUGAACUAGCUGAAUUGGAUAUUAUACGACAGAAAUUUUCUUCCAAAGCUAUACCAGAAGAUAGAAAGGAUUAUUAUGAUGAUGAAGAUGACGAUGAUGAUGAAGAGGAAAUAUCGUGAGAUUGUUGAAGAUGAGUUUUAGUGUGAUUGUGUGAUAUUUAACUAAGGUUUUUAUAUGAUCAAAAUAUGAGAAAUAUUUAUUUUUAUAAAUUAUGAAAUGUUAAAUCGUAGGAUAAGUUUCUGUUCAUUGUUCGUUGUUAGCAUAUCAGUUUAUAUUUAUAUAUCGUGGGGGGAUGGAUGGCUGAAUGGUUAGCAUGUGCGCGCUGUAUCAUAAGGUCUGUCAUUGAGUCAGCUGGCUGGUUUCAAUUCCCCGGUUGUACGUGACAAGGAAUAGGGUCGCCUGUCCAACCUCGUGGGUUUUCUCUGCGUCCUCCGGUUUCCUCCCACUGCUAAAGACCCCUAUUCGCAAGCGAAUUAUUAAAAUAAAAUUGAACCAUGUGUUAGUCCCGAAAUGACCUAGUUUGUGUCGAGUGGACGUUAAACCCCAUUUCUCUCUCUCUUAUAUAUCGUACAACCAGGGUCUCCAACCCUUCGUUCUUUGUUGAUAUUAUAUAUUUAUAGCUUCUAUUUAUAUAUCCUAAGAGGGGUCCCCAACCAUUUCAGCCUGAGGGAAGGAGUAGCUGUCGUACGGAUGGUCUUUGUGGGCAUAUCAGACCAUGUCACUAAAACUAUCCGUUCGUAUCCGGAACUUAACCAUGGGGUUAUUCUAAAUCUAAUCAAACAUGUUUUAAACAUUAAUUGUAGACUAAUAUACAAUCAUUUACUGUGUUCACCACUUGCGAGUGUAUCAGGAACGGUUCUGGAGCAGAGUUUUUGAAUUUUCUGUAAUGUAAAUGGGUCAACUGUAGCCUUAACCCUUUGGACCCGAGCUGGAGUACAGAGCAGCUGGUAUACUGGCCACCAUAGGUACCUGUUCGGCAAAUCAGUAACGAACAGGUACCUGCGGGAGCUGAUAUACCGACUGGUUGGAAU